GCGCCGGUAGUGUCGUCGUGCGCCGGUUUCCAUCAACACUGCACAACCAGAGCGGUAAGCGCGUUUCGGUGUGUAUGACGAGUGCGUGUGCGUGUGUGUGCGAGAGAGCGAACAACAACAACAACAACAACAGCAGCAGGCCGGUCCGCCGUUACCUUGUGGCGUGUUCAGUUCAGCCAGUCAGUCAGUCGAGAGUCGCGCCCGUGUCCGUUUCGCCGUUGGCUUAGAGCGUUUGUACCGUUCGCGUUUGCAUGUCUUGUGGUGUGUUGGCGUUCGCGCGGUGUGUAGUACAACAGCAACUGAAGACAAAUUACAUAACAGCCGUCUUAGCCGCAACCGUUUGUUGUUGUUGUCGUGUACCGUCGGGAUCGUGUGUCUGUGUAGUCAAGAACUGUGUGCGACCGUAACAACGCUCCCGGGAUCAAGCGAUAAAUAAUAGUAAUAAUAUUAUUAUAUUUUAUGUCGUCGGUCGUUCAAAAGUAUUACACGUCGUCCUACGCGUCCCGGUUUUUGUAAAUUAUUCGUUAUUUAUUUAGUAUUUCGAUUUAUUAUCUUGUGCCCCGUAUAAAUACCGAGAAAAAACCCGCUGAUAAUUCGGGGAAAGAAAAAAAAAAAAAGAAACAAGUUGAUAAAAGAUAAUAUUAUAUUUAUAGUCAUAUUGUUAUACGGGCGAAGAAGCGUAAUAUUUUACUACCAAUUUUAUUUUUAAUAUUACGUUCGUCGACAGAUAAUAUUAUUAAGUGCUGUGAUAUUAUAUUGUUUUUUUUAAGUUUAAAUUAAAUAUUUAUUCGUUACUAAAUUAUUUUGUGAUCGCGCCGUUAACAAACGUUUACAUUAUUCACUCCCAUAAGUAUUAUCCACCGAUCUUACGCAACGCCGUCAUCAACCAAAAUGGUCGAGAGUAUCAUUGAAGAAGAAACCCCCGGACAAACUGAGAGCACCCAAAAUGUCCAAGAUGAAAAAAAGAAUGAAUCGUUGUCGUUGAGAAAAGAAGAGGCUCGUAACAAGCGCAAGAAGAAGAAGAUCACCAACAGCCUAGUGACAUCUUGUUUCCAAGAUGCUUAUAAAUUGACUGGCGAAGUGUUGGGUCAAGGUGCUUAUGCAUCUGUUCAAACAUGCGUAAGUGUGUUAACUGGCUUAGAAUUUGCUGUUAAAGUGAUUGAUAAAAUUGCCGAACAUGCUCGAGCACGUGUAUUCCGGGAAGUUGAAACAUUCUACCAUUGCCAAGGCCACCCAAACAUCAUUCAAAUGCUUGAAUUCUUUGAGGCUGAUGACAAAUUUUACAUGGUGUUUGAAAAGGUGGUAGGUGGACAACUACUUGAUAGAAUACAACAACGAAAGAGAUUCACAGAAUGUGAAGCUAGUCUUAUUGUCAAAGAUUUGGCGAGUGCAUUAAAUUUUCUACAUCAAAAAGGCAUAGCGCAUCGUGAUUUGAAACCUGAAAAUAUACUUUGUGUCGAUCCUGUAGCGUUAACUCCUGUUAAGUUAUGCGAUUUUGAUCUUGGAUCUGGUAUCAAGUUAAAUCCAGUUGAUGGCAGUGCAACGCCACAAUUGUUGACUCCAGUAGGAAGUGCUGAUUUCAUGGCUCCUGAAGUAGUAGAUGCAUUUGUUGGGAGUCCAGACUCAAAUUACCAUUAUUAUGAUAAGCGUUGUGACUUGUGGUCACUUGGAGUAGUGGCAUACAUACUACUUUGUGGCUAUCCACCGUUUUAUGGGAAUUGUGGCUCUAAUUGUGGAUGGGAAUCAGGAAAUGCUUGUCCAGAAUGUCAAGGUUUGCUUUUUAUUAGCAUUCACGAGGGUCGUUAUGAAUUUCCAGACCGUGAAUGGGCAGACAUAUCAAGUGAAGCCAAAGAUUUGAUCAGCAAAUUGCUGGUUAAAGAAGCUAGUGCUCGUCCAAGUGCUGCUGAGGUCUUAAAUCAUCCAUGGGUGUUCAGACUACAGCAAGAAAAACCCAAAGAUCAUGAACUAAAUACACCAGGUGUUAUAAGACGCAACAAUAGUGCUCGUGCUCUAUCUACAUUUGCAGAGUCUGCUAUGUCGGCUAAUCGAGUGUUCCUGCAGCAUUUCAGUUUGUUUUCAUCGACUGAUGUACCUCUUGCUGCUCAAAGACUUUCACCGCCAUCGCAUUCCAUGAUUGUACAGCGUAGGUCACUUGGUAAACCACAAUGUUCCAACGAAUCAACUGGUGGUAACCGAGCUCCUGCUCAAUUACCAAUCAUUGCAUCUCCUAGCGGCUAGAGUUUAACAGGCCACCUCCAUUCAUUACCUCUCCACUUUUUUUAUACUAAUUAAAAUCAUUAGAAAACAAAAAUUUGGAAAUUAUUUAAAUACAAAAUAUGAAUUGACAAUUUUUUUUUUUUUUUUUAACUAAAUAGUCAUGUAUCUGGUUUUUUUUAUAAAGACUAAAAUACGCAAUAAAUAUUAUAAGAUAACAACUUAAUGUUUAUGUUAUAACAUAAUAUAUAUAAAUACAGACUUAUUUUUGUACUUUGAAAAAGCUCAUAGUCUUCAAAAAAAAAAAAAAGUAAUAAUUAAAAUUUGUGAUAAUUCCAAUGUUUGGCAACACGUUUUGUAUUAUGGUGCCAUUAAUUUGUAAACUUUCGGGUAUGGUUAACAAAAUCAAUAAGUUUGUUAUUUUUUUUUUCUUAUAGAAAACCAACAAGGUACCUAUAUUAAUAUAUUAUAUAAUUAGACAUAGGUUAGUCCGCAAAAUAUGCGUACAUUUACACCAAAACUAAUGUCUUAUCUAGAAUAUAGCUCAUCAGGUGCCAUUUGUUUUUUUUUUUUGUUAGUAAUGGUAUAGAGAAAAAAAAGGCUGUCAUGCAUAGAGUUUAAGUUAAAAACUUUUGUGUAUUUUUUUAUGAGAAGUAUGGAAUGUUUUUUUAAGUAAAUUAUUUAUACAAGCAAUGCACGUUAAAAACUAUUGUUAAUAAAAAAAAAUUGAUUUUUUUUAAUAUUGUGAAAUAAGAAAAUAUUUUUGAAAACCUUUUUACAUAAAUGCAAAAUUGAUUUAUUAAAUAAUUUAUAUACAUAAAUGUUUCAUUGUGAUACUAUUGAAUUUGAAUACAUGUCAGCAAUUAAUGUUAAAAAACUAAAUAUAAAUCGAACCGUUAUAAUUCCAAAAUUGAAAAACUGAAAAUAAAACAAUUUACAAUUUAAUUGA